UUGAGCUAGUUCUAGUCCUGCUCGGACAUUUAUGUUAAAUUACAGACUGCUCUUGAGAUAUAGACAGAAGUGCACGGCUGAUCCACAUUACACUCUGUAGCCUAAUCUUUGAAAGGCGGUGUUGUUCCUUCUUUAUCUGCCGUAGGCUACAACCUAAGCAACAAUGGGAAGAAAGAGUAAAACAAACAACGGAGAUGCAGUCACUGGGGAGACACUAAAACGCAGAUCUGGCCGGAUAGCAGGGAGGGCGGAAGCACAGCAAGACGAACCGAAACCCGCCAAGAGCAGCAGAAAGGCCAAACAGACAGCAAAGCCAGCCAAGAAAGAGGAGAAGAAAGAAGAGCCUGAGGUGGAGAAGGAAGAGGCUCCUGCAGAAAACGGAGAGGCCAAAGCUGAAGAGCAGGCCCCAGCAGAAGCAGCAGAAGCAGCAGCAGAGGAGGCAGAGGAAGCAGAGGAGGUGGAGCAAAAGGAAGAGCAGGCUGAAGAGGAAGAGAAAGAAGCAGAGUAGUGGCGACACCUCAGACUCACUUGCCAGGUCUCCCUGUACAUUGUUUCUUGUACAAUGCAGAGAAUAUUUUUAUCUACUAUUUUCAUAAGACAGUAAUGUUUUUAGGCAUGUGAUUGCAGAAAUGCAUUUUUAAAAAAGAAUACAAAUUCCAUUCAGUUUCAGUUGUUCUGUGAAGGGAAAGUGUUGGUUGUUGCGUGUUUUUUUUUUUUUUUGUUUGUUUUUUUCAUUGUACUUGUUCUUUCUCUCUCGUCUCUCUGGCUUCUUAUUUUGCCUUUAGAUUGUAGUUGUUUGCAUGACGUAAAGUCGUGCCUAUAUCAGGAAUUUGAUGUUCAACUCUGGGAGAAUUUACCUGAGACAUUCCCGAGGCAUCUUGAGGGAUUUUGUAACCUGUACUGUUUUGGAAUUUAAGACAUCGUAAUACUGUGUGUUUGAUAGAGAAUAGGAUGAUUGGCAGUUUGAGACUUGUGAUCUUUUGCUAAGUAAGUCUUGUUCACAACGUUCACCUUAAUCGGGUUCACUAGUACUGGACUUGGUUGAAUUUUUUUAUUUUUUUUUUAUGCUGUCAGCGAUGGUACAUUUGAGGGUGGUUAGACUGAUCCAUUCACUCAGCUGUACUCAAAACAAAAAAGCAUUACAGAGCUAAUCAUACUUGUCAUUGUUUAUCCUUUAAUGAUUACUGUAUCUUCACGUAAGUCAACAUGUAUAUGCCACAUAUUUGUGGAUACAUCCAUUUCGGUUUUGGGAUUUCUUUACCAAUGUACAGUUUCCUCAUAUUUUUUUUUUUAAAAAGAAGAAAAAAUUUAAAAAAAAGUUUUCUUUGUUAUGAAUGGUAUAAAAUGCCAAUAAAAGUGGG